CAGCACUGAGUCUGCUCCCGGUCUCCACGGACGCUCCUCUGUCUGGAUAUUUGUAGCCGGUUUUCUUUUUUCCCCUCUGGAUUAUAUUCUUCUGAUGGUUUUUAACUCCAACUCGAUGCAUAGAAAUGGGUAAACUGCACUCGAAACAUGCCGCUAUUUGUAAACCGAGGGAGAGCCCAGAAGGCGACAGUUUUGUAGUCAAUGCCUGUUUGGCGAGAAAGGGAAUCGAUGACUGGCUCGUGAAGCAGAAAUACUAUUGCACGAGCUCUCGCCUCGAGCAACAGGACUGUCACCACAAGAAUAACUGCGGUUUGACUACACGGGACUCCAUGAAUGAAGCAUGUGCGCGGAGGAUUGGUGAUGAACACUACCGUUUGGAAGUUGCUUUACCCCCAGAGAAGACAGACAGCUGCUGUGUGCAGGAGAAGAUGCAGGAGAGGGACAGCCUAUCUCCCGCAGGGCCACAGAAACAGCUCCAGUUUGAAGAGUUGGAGUGUGCCGUGUCUGUGGAGGAGGAUAACCGGCAGGAGUGGACCUUCACCCUCUACGACUUUGACAACAAUGGCAAAGUCACCAGAGAGGACAUCACCAGCCUGCUGCACACCAUCUACGAGGUCGUGGACGCCUCCGUCAACCAUUCUCCCAGCAGCAGCAAGACGCUGCGGGUCAAGCUGUCGGUGGCUCCCGACUCCAGCCAGCGGUGGAGGAGUUGUACGCAGGGUGCGGCAGACAUGUCCCACCCCAGAGAGAAAAAUGACAAGUGCAUAGAAGACCCCAAGAGUGCAGACAAGAAGACUCGAGCGCUCCUAAGGCGCCACCACAGUGACCACCACACCCAGCCGGCCUGCCAGCGCCACUGUGUGGAUGAGAACCUGGAACGCAGGAACCACUACUUGGACCUGGCAGGCAUCGAGAACUACACAUCCCGCUUCGGAGUCGCACCCACCGCAGAGCCGACGAAGGCAGAGCCUCAGACCCGACCAUCCAACCAGACUCGCUCUCGCUCCCAUGAACCAGAAAAUGGCCACUUGCAUUCCCACCAUCGCCGCCUGCAGACUGUUGUGGACACUGUCGCUCGGGAGAGCCUCCACCCCGCCCGUACACGAGGCCAAGACUCAGGGAAACACGCCCUCCGCUCUCCUAAGACCCACAGCCGCACACCUACUGCGCAGAUCAGCAGCAGGGUCAUGAGAAGCCGAGGUGUCCCUCCUCCCACGGCGCUACCCAGCCAGACCCCCCCUCACCAAUCCACAGCGCCGUACCGCAAGCACAAGCAGCGGUCCAAGGAGAGCCAGGGCUACAGAGCUUUAGGCUCUCUGGCUCCGAAGGUGGAGAAGGAGCAGGUGAGGGACCUGCCCAGUGUGUUGCUGUACGAGGGGGGGCUGGCACAAGUGGUGCAGCGGCACGAGCAUCACCACCACCAUGAACACCAUCACCACUACCACCACUUUUACCAGUCCUGAAUUUCCACCCUGCCCUGGGACAGCGCAGCACUCCUGCAGCCCCACAAAACCCAAGCAGGCCAGCAGACAGCGACUGCAGAGAGCUUCAACCGCCGGGGCUACCCUGCAUUGUGCUGCAGUGCCUUUGUAGUGGACACAGGACAUGGGGAGGAGAGGAGGAUCAUGGGAGGGGUGUCCCAGUGCUGACAGGUUAUUAAUCAGUGUUAUAAAGAUGUUGGUCAGACAUACAAAAAGCUUGGGUCUGCAGCAGGACAGUGAUUCAGGGCCACUAUGGGGCCAGCACUGAGGAUCAUGGCUGGGGCUAGGGAGGAGGCACAGAGGGAAGGUUUGAUAGUUAACCCUGAAGAUCCUCUCGCCCCCGACCCUGUAAUCCUCUACCUGAUGAACUGUACGGCUCCAAACCAGCACCACAACCCUUCCAGACCACUAAGCCAAAAGGUUUUUAAGGAAAAAGGAAGAGAAGAAAGACUGUGAUGUAAAGAUGAAUAUAUAUGAAGGAGUAUAGGUGAUAGGAGAGCAGGGCAUAGUGUGUGUGUGUGUGUGUGUGUGUGUGUGUGUGUGUGUGUGUGUGUGUGUGUGUGUGUGUGUGUGUGUGUGUGUGUGUGUGUGUGUGUGUGUGUGUGUGUGUGUGUGUGUGUGUGUGUGUGUGUGGUGUGUGUGGGUGUGUGUGUGAGUGUCACGACACUGGUGUCUGUUGAAAACCACUUGAAGUGCGCUCAUGGGUGCGUGAGUAUUUAAAGCAGGCUGUCAGGCAGGUUUUUGAAGAUGAAGAUGAAGAUUCUGAUUCAACACGCAAUACCCCGUUAGCAACGACGGGAAGGAAAAAUGUCAUAAAGUAAAAAAGAACUGAGAUCCCAAAUCCGCUGCUACCUCUAAUUGUAUCCUAAUUGUUGUUGUUGUGACUUUGAAGAAGCAUUGAAGAGUUAUUUUCAAAUUACUUCGAAAACCUUUUUUGAAAGAAGAGAAACGGCGUCAACAGCUCCGUACUUUAUUAACUAGCAUUGACUGUACAUAAGUUAUAUAUUGUUAUCAAUUGUAUAAGCUUCAUUGAUGACGUGAUAUCUUUGUAUUCACUAUUUGAAGCUUUUAAGUUUGUUUUACUUCACAACUGCAUUUUCUAAGACCACUCGGAGCCUCAUUUUGACAAAACAAAUGUACAACUCUCUCUCUCUCUGUUUCCACUUUGUCACCAUGCGAUGAGUUCUGUAAGUGUGAUCUGGUAAUUAUUACUGAAGUCCCGACUCUCCACGGUGCUGUUCGGUAGCUCGAGCUCACAACACAUAACUUGCUUGACUACACGCUGAUUUAAAGGAAACGUAUAAAAUAAGGAAAUGUUUUAAGAUACACGGCUGCAUUGCAGAACACGUAUCAAGUUUAGAUGUUUAAAUGCUGUUUGUAUCGUAGCACCUGGGACAGAACAUGCGUCUCACAGUGGGCAGACUGUUUGUAACAAAAGCCCUCUUUUUGUUUUAAUGUCCAAAAGGUCCACAGUCCGGCGCUCCACUCGGAAACAGAACUAGAGAUGAUGCUAUCUUCACAUCGGGGCAGUAGACGUCUCCAGUUCUGGCUCAGGCCUUUAGUUGCAUAAAUUGAAACCCAUCCAGCCAGUGAGAGGUCGGCGUGUUCAUCCGUCAGUGUGAAGUUUAUCCUUUUAGGGAAAUAUUUUGCUUACACAUCUUCUCUCUUGGGAGUCGCUCAGCACCACGGGUUUGGACUUCUCAGGCUUGCAGUUUCCCCAACUCGUAGCAGCUCCGGCCUGGACCCGGGGUCACGCCACGGCCGCUCCCUAUGUUUCCACGGCAUCUUCCUGUCCCCCAGCUGUCAGCAGGUCUUUCACCGUGCCGCCAUGUGGCCUCAGAGCUCAGCCAACAAGGCUCUGUUUGUGGUGCGGCGAGGCGAGGGCUCUUUUCAGCUGUCUCAUUCCUCUGGUGCUGGAUAACACUGGGCCCGGCCUGCAGUCUCCACUAGACCCAUAACUCACCACUGUUGCUCUCCUGCCAGCACCAGGGACCGUCUGUUCAUCCUAUCCCAUGAUGCUCCAUGGACGCUGCCGUAAACGUGCAGAUGUUUAUGCCAGCAACAUGCGAGUCAGCGAUCUCAGAGCUGCAAAUGUCAGAGUGUUGACCGCCUUGUUGGAUUUGUGGGAGAGUUUCAGCACAUUUAGAAAUGAGCUGCCCUUAUGCAUCCGUAGUGUUUUGUUUAAGGACAACUUCCUCCACACAAUGACACAAUGAUGGAUUAUGUUCAAACUAUAUCCACUAAGUUUAAUUGUUAGUCUGAGAGAAUGCAGUGUGUGCCAGUCUUGCCCCGCAGCCCUGCGGUGUCCUGCCACAGCUGCAGGCCGUCCUUUAGCAGAGGCACCAGUCAGACGGAUCAUCCCACGGGACCCGGCGGUGGAAACGGCCACAUUCCCCCAAGGGGGAUCACAGCUGUGCUCCAUACCUCAGCUCCCUCACCUCACACUGCUGCUCCUGGACAACAAGUGGUUCCUCAUACAUACUGUAACUCCUUUGUCAAUGGUUUCCUCUCACCCGAAACAGCGCUGAUACCAGCGUGACUCUCCAAAUAUAAGUAGUGUGGAAAUGGUUGCGCGGUUGUGUGAAACGGACAGCACGCAGGCGGUCGUUCGUCCUGCAGGGUGGUCCGAUUCGACACGGUAAGCGAGGGCUUCUGAAGGAAUUUUAGUGAAAAGGCUCGGUCAGACUCGCAGCCAGGUUGCAAUAAAGUUCUUUUACACAGAGAGAGUUUUACUGAACACAGAACUCCCUGCACCGCUUCACAUUCAUACUAUUACCUGAACUCACAUCAGAAGGCUUCACACUUAGAAACACACUUCAAAGCAGCACAACUGGGGGGACGUGCCUUGCUCAAGAGCACCGCCACAGUAUUUGUUGAGAGUUUGGGAAAUCAGUUUUGUCUAUAAUUUGGGAUCAGAAUAAUAACGUGAAGGUUUUCAGUCCUCCCUGUAAACCUACCAGAAUGUUUUUUCAUUAUGUAUUUUAUUUCAAUUUCUCUUCAGAACAAAUCAUGUCACACAAGCUUCUGUCCUGUUGUAUAGAUGUCCAGCGUUCAGAGCCACUCCUCCACGUUAAUACAGUUUGUAUUGCACAACUAAUUCGUAAGAUUCAUGUAUCGACAUUUUUAAAAAUCUGGUGUAUAUAGUGGACCGCAGAAAGGAUAAACCAGCAUCAUGUAUAAAGAAUAUAAGGCUGAUUUGUAAUCAAAAACUGUUAAGUUAUCUCACUUGCCGACUGUCAGCUAGUACUCCAUUACCCCCCCCCCCCCCCCCCACC